GCCCUGCAAAGUGUAGCACACACAACUGGAGGCAGAAUACACAGCGGUACAUUGCUGAUAGACAAGUAACGAUGGACCUGACUUCAGCUGUCUCACUGGAAACCUGGGUGCUCCUGGCAAUCAGUUUGAUGCUCUUAUACCUAUUUGGGACUAAAAAACAUGACAUUUUUAAGAAACAGGGAAUUCCUGGACCCAAACCUCUACCAAUUUUAGGGACUCUGCUGAAUUAUUACAAGGGUGUAUGGAAAUUUGAUGUCGAGUGCUACAAAAAGUAUGGAAAAAUAUGGGGGUUGUUUGAUGGUCCAACACCCCUGUUUACUAUCACAGACCCAGACAUGAUCAAGAAUGUACUUGUGAAGGAAUCCUAUUCUGUCUUUACAAACCGACCAGAUAUGGGCCCAGUGGGGAUAAUGAGUAAAGCCGUCUCCAUAUCUAAGGAUGAGGAUUGGAAGAGACUUCGAGCCUUGCUGUCUCCCACCUUCACCAGUGGAAAACUCAAAGAGAUGUUCCCCAUCAUUGAAGAAUAUGGAGAUAUUUUGGUAAAAUACUUGAGAAGAGAGGCAGAGAAAGGCAAGCCUCUCAACAUGAAAGAAGUGUUUGGAGCCUACAGCAUGGAUGUGAUCACGAGCACAGCAUUUGGUGUGAAUGUCGAUUCCCUCAACAACCCAAAGGACCCUUUUGUGGAAAAGGCCAGGAAUUUCUUAAAACUAGAUUUUUUUGAUCCGUUAUUCUUGUCAAUAAAUCUCUUUCCAUUUCUCAUCCCGAUAUAUGAGAUGCUGAACGUCUCCAUAUUUCCAAAGGAUUCUGUAGCAUUUUUCAAAAAAUUUGUCAGCAGAAUGAAAGAAAAUCGCCUAGAUUCUAACCAGAAGCACCGAGUGGAUUUUCUUCAGCUGAUGAUGAACACUCAAAAUAAUUCCAAAGACAAAGAGUCUCAUAAAGCUCUGACUGACAUGGAGAUCACAGCCCAGGCAAUUAUCUUUAUUUUUGCUGGCUAUGACACCACCAGCAGUACCCUUGCCUUUGCCCUGCAUGCACUGGCCGCUCACCCUGAUAUCCAGAAGAAACUGCAAGAAGAGAUCGAUAUGGCUCUGCCCAAUAAGGCACCUCCCAACUAUGAUACAGUGAUGGAGAUGGAGUACCUCGACAUGGUGCUGAAUGAAACCCUCAGAUUAUACCCAAUUGGUCUGAGACUUGAGAGAGUCUGUAAACAGGAUGUGGAAAUCAAUGGUGUGCUUGUUCCCAAAGGGUCUGUUGUGAAUGUACCAGUUUAUGCUCUUCACCAUGACCCACAGUACUGGCCAGAGCCUGCAGAAUUCCGCCCUGAAAGGUUCAGCAAGGAGAACAAGGGCAGGAUCAAUCCUUAUGUGUACCUGCCCUUUGGGAAUGGACCCAGGAACUGCAUUGGCAUGAGGUUGGCUCUCAUGAACAUGAAACUUGCUCUUACAAAAGUCCUGCAGAAUUUCUCCUUACAGCCUUGUAAGGAAACACAGAUCCCUCUGAAAUUAAGCCAAAAACCAAUGCUUCAACCGGAAAAACCCAUUGUUCUAAAGGUUGUGCCACGAGAUGCAAUCAUAAAUGGAGCGUGACUUCCAUCAAGAAGUUCUGUUGUAUUUCUCAAGAAGGUGAUUUCUAAGAACAUUGGAAUCUUUAAUUUACUUUAUGAAUAAAACCCAGGUGAUAAUGGGGUUUAAUUGAGUGGCCUUGAUGGAUCAUUACGAGCUUUAAUACAUAUAUUGAGCUUUUUCGGUGUCAAUAUAAAGUGUAAAAAAGUGUGACAGUCAGUGACAGAAUGAGAAAUUCAUCUUCUCUGGUCCUUCAUCUGUUCUUUUGAGCUUU